AUGUGUCUCUCAAAAAAGAUGAAUAGUUAUAAUAAUAAUAAUCAUCAUUAUGAUCAACAACAAUUACCAUAUACUAUUACAAAGUUUGUUAUUGACUUGAUAUUAUAUUGUGAUAGAGAUCAACACCAAUCAUUGAUCGACAAUGCAUUGAAUCUUUUAAGAGUAUCAAAGAGAUGGUUAAAGAUUACAAGUAGUGUAUUUGUACAAUACUAUACUACAAGAUUACAAUUUACUCUUGCUCAAAGACAUGUUGACUAUAUCAAAAGAUUUCAACAAAAUAUACAGUCACCAUUUUGUUUAUUAUAUCAUCAAGCAUUACCAAAGGUUGAAUUGGUAUUUGGUUAUGAUUAUGAACAGAUUUCAAUCAACCCAAAGUCAAUUAAAGCUAUUACUAGAAAUAUAAACGACCUUGCAGCGCCUCAACAACAAUUGAGACUAGAUGUGGAUCCAAGAACUCAUCACCAUCAAUGGUCAAUCCUCAAACAACAAAUUCUAAAACACCUUCAAACAACAACAACCAUAAUACCAAUGCAACCACAACCUCCACAAAAAAUUGUAUACUCUGAACAAAGACAAAGAGAAUUGGAUUACUUUAAAGAAAAUACAUCAACAAUUGAUACUUCACCAAAUACUAUUGACAAACAAUCAGCAAUCUAUAAUCAACUAGUACAAUUAUUUAAAAAUAGAGAGGUGUUUGGAGAAAUAACAAUAUUGGAUAUCUACACAUAUGAUGAUAUCGACACUGAUGUAUUGAUACCAAUUGUAGAACAAGGUAAUCAACUGACAACUCUAUUUAUUGAUGGUUUACACAAUCAACAAGUUUGUAAAGUUAUACUACCAAUAGCAAUGAAUCUAUCUACUUUGGCUUAUAGAUAUGGUUUUGAUAAUAACUACAACAUAAAUAAUAAUAAUAAUAAUAAUAAUAAUGACAAGGAGGAGGAUGAAUACAACAAUUAUAAUACAUUAGAGAGAUUAUACUUGGUAACACCAGAUUAUACAACAGAUACCAACAUAUUAAAUAAUAUAUUUAAAUCUAGUGGUGGUGGUGGUGGAUUGAUAUUUAAUAAUUUAAAGUUUCUUCAAAUGCAAUUCAGUCACCAACUAUUCAUGGAUUGGAAUCAUUUCAAAGUAUCACUACCAAAUUUAGAGGUGAUAAAGAUGGAAGGACGUUUUCGUAACCCUUGUCAGGAAUUAAUUGAUUAUCUAGUAUCAAGAGGUGGAAAGGUUCAAUAUAUGGCACCAAUCAACUAUGAUAUAUGCACCUCUCCACUCAUUCAACACCUUCCCUAUUAUUUAGAACUAAUGAUAAACACCAAUCAAUUGGCAACUUUGUACAGCACCCCACCCCAACCAACCAUAUACCAUCCAUCACUUAUCAAGUUAGAUAUUAAUGGAUCUUUUUUCGAUUCGUAUCCAUUUCAAAACAUUCCAUUUGAAACAUUGAAAAGUUUGAAAUUGUCAUUAUCCCCUAUAAGAAGAGGUACAACAGGCACAACUACCAUACCAUACUUGGAUAGAUUCGAGAAACUAGAAUCUCUUUUCAUUCAUAUGCCUCUACACACUUUAGAAGCAUCAGAGAUUGAAUUACUUUGUCAAAAUAUUUCACAAAUACAAUCACUCACCUCUCUAGACUUGUUUGUUGGUGAUGGACAAUGGAAUGAAAACAACUAUACACCAAUGAUCAAACAACUUGUCAAUUUAAAGAUAUUUAAAACUGGUAGAUCAAACUUGAGUGACAAUCAAUGGAUAUCAUCUCAUUUUAAUAUUGAAAUGGAAAAUUAUGAAACAACUUUAACAAGAAAAUAA